AUGCAGCCAGCGCAGCUCUGGAAAUUACCGUCCGAAAUCUUGAUUGCUAUACUGAAAUAUCUCGAUUUCAAGGAGUUGCUGAAAUGUAACCUUAUAUGCAAAACAUUCCGUCACAUCGUUGCUCAGUCCUUGGAGUUACAGUACAUCAUUGAACUUGCUGCAGAUGGCAUGGUCGACGGUCCUCCAGGCCGUAUGACGACCGCGGACCGACUACACCUUCUUCUCGACAGGCGACGCAGGUGGCGGACACUUGACUGGACGAAAAAGACGCUGGUAUCCGUUCCAGGACCGUGUCAGGCCUACGAACUCGUCGGCGGCGUCUUCGCCAAGUCGAUGAGCGUUUCAAACCUGGUGGGAUCCCGUCAUUUUAUCGCUACUUGGCUCCCGACACGCUCGGAGCCUGCGAUCAGCAUCGUGCGGGAUGAUCUGGGGAUAGCGACUCGCGAUUUCGCGAUUGAUCCGUCGCAGGACCUUAUUGCGUUCGUCGAUGCCGACGACAAUAGUCCAAACCGUGGCUUUCUCCUCAAGAUCCAGUUCCGUACUAUCAGCACGAAUAAGGCGCACCCACAGGCACGUUCGACAGAGGUUCGUGCGCCGAUUCCGUUCUCCCUUGGCAGCUCGUUUGUCCAGAUCGUGGACGAUAUCGUGGGCAUGUUUUUCUGGGUGCAUGGUCCGGGGUUGAUUAUCUGGAAUUGGAUGACGGGUGAAAUUUUGGUGUACUGUAUCGGGUUUGACUUGCCGGCGGGAACGUGGGACUUUGCCUUUCUAUCGAACAGGGCGUUCAUGCUCACGGCCACUGCGGGUUCUGGAUCAGUGGAAAUCUUCUCGUUCAGUGGACAUACGCGCAGUCGCGUGCCGACGCAUGUGGCGAAGCUGAACUUGCCAAGGUUGAAGCACGGACAGGAGCCGCACCACUUCUCAUCGCACUCAGGUCCAUUCGUGCAUGGGCCAAUUGCAGGGAAGCCUUUUGAGACUGCACGUGAGGCGCGAGUGCACCUUCUGUCGCUACAUUAUGGACAGCGUGGACCACAAAUCCAUCUGUUUGUCCAGAACAAAUUCUUUCUGUCCUUGAUUCCUGAAAAUAUUGGUUCGGGAGAAAACUGGGCAUGUGUGGAGCGACCAUGGGAGAGUUGGGGUCCUGCGAACACCCGUUUCAUGGAGCACAAUGUUCAGUUUCAGUGGCUGAGAUACGUUCAUGGCCAGCGAGUGGUGCUUCCUCCAUUUUUGCCGAACGGGCAAAACCCGAUCUGUCAACUCUGUGUGAUCGAUUUUAACGUCCAUAAGAAGCGUAUCAACGAUCCUGUGGACGCAAACCAACCCGCAGAGAAUUUGGGGCAGUACAUAGUGAUGUGCGAAGCAACCAGAGUCGCCGCUGGCGAUACGUUCCAGGCGGAAGUAGUUACCUACUUGCCAUACUCGGUGACAACUCGAGCUGGUCCUUACAGUUAUGACGGCUUUAUGAUUGAUGAUGAGAGGAUCAUAGGCGUGAAGUCGCCAGCAUUCGCAGAAGGAACUAUGAGCGAUGCCGACGUCUUCACGUUCUGA